AAUCUGCUUGAUUACUAUCCCUUGCCUGAGUACACUGUCCAUGACACAUCACUGAUAAUUCUUCAUCACUCUUUCCCUUUAGUCCAGAAUGAUGGCGAAUCUGAGUGAAGAAAUCAAAGAGAUCAUCUGCAAAACCUUGCCAAAUCUGUCUGAAGAGACCCAGUUGCAAAUAAUAUCGAAACUUCAGAGCUCCGGCUGUGAGUCAAAAGAAGACUUAAAAUAUGUACAACAGGAAGACAUUGCUGAUCUGUUACCUGUUAUCCAGCGCAGAAAACUCCUGGAUGCAUUCAAAUUAGAAACCGAGACAGUUACCUUGGAUUUACAAGUUAUUCCAACUUCGUCAACACUGAGUAGUGAUUGGUCGGUGUCUGGUUCUUCAUCACCAACAUUAUGCACUCCGCCUAAUUCUAGUUCAUCGCACAUAUGGUCGAUUUUGCCAUGUUCAAGCCAGGCUAGCUCAUCGCACAUAUCGGCCAUUUCGUCAUGUUCAAGCCAGGCAAGAAACAGCGAGCCAAGCAAUAGACCUUCCACAUCUCAGGUACUGAAAACAUGGCCAGAAACAUUCCAGGUCCCUUGGGAACAAAUGCCACAGGAAAUUCGUUCUGCAAUUGCAAAUGAAAAGAGACCUAAACCCGUGGAGCGACGCCAGAUGGUACGAGUACUCGCGGAUGAAAUGAGAAGGUAUGAAGCUAACCCCACUCGCGCACAAUGCCUAACUGUGGUUCGAAAUAUCAUCAGGCAGUACCCAAAGAGUUUUGCUGAUAUUGCACCAGAUGGGUCACUUCUGUGUGGAGGUUAUACAUCACUUUUGAUUCAAUUAAAAAACCGCAUUGAGAAUGUGAACCGUGAUGGAAGCUUCUCAUACCAUCGAUCCUCUACACGCAAAAGGGGUCCAACUGACACUUAUAGAUGUACACGAUUUCAGCCAGAGCUACCUCCAGAAGAAACUGAUGACACUGUGGAGCAGCACCGCCAGAGACUGGAGGAGAUUUACAGACAGGAGGGUGCAGGUGGAGCAGAAAGAGCAGAAGUUAAAAAUCUAACGGAGCUCACAUUCUCUCUACAACGUCGCCAUAUAAAUUCACUUCCACCACCUGACAUUGAAGAUUUGAAAAGCAAAUGGCAUUUUCUUUUCAUGCCAAGGUAUAUAUACGCGCAUUUUGAGUUGCUCACAGACAUUAAUGUGCUUCGUAGCUUAGAACUCAGUAUGGAGGAAUGUGGAAGACCCAUCACAGAAUACCUCAGGGGAAAACCUACCAACAAGGAUGUCAAGGAUAUCCUUUCUAAUGGUGUAGAUAAUGAGAUGGCACUUUGUGUUGUUCAGCUGCUCAUGGCACACUUUGGAGAGGACAUAACCGGGUUGAUACUUUUUACAGAUGUGUCUGCCACUGCAGCUGACAUUGAAGCAACUCUGCGUCUUCCUGCAAGUCCUCGCCUGAUACUGCCUGUUUCAGGUGCAACAGGACAAGUAACAAUAAAGGGAUGGAUGAUCAGCUUAGAGGGCCGUGUUAUCUCUGAGGGCAUCACACCAACAUUUUUAACAGGACUUGCUGCUAUAUUUGCAAUCUAUUACAUAUUGAACCUUCAGUAUCAGGAUGAGGAAGCAUGCACUUUGGAAUUCAUUCAGAGGCGCUUCAUUGGUAUUAAUCCAGAAAGAGGGACAAAGGCGAAAAGGGGCAAGGUGGUCUCCAAGAAGAAAGGUGUGAUUGUCCAGAAGAAGUCUUCUGCGGUCAAUACUCAUGUCGCCAUGCUGCUUAAGAAUCUACUUGAUUUUGAAUGGAACUUCAUAUAGAUCGUGGCAGCACUGGAAUAAUGGAACAGCAGCUAUACCAAAGUGAUGGUCUUUAGACCUAACAGUUUCAUCCCUAAAUGUUUUAAUUGAUACAUCCUGCCAAAACGUUCUACAAUCGUUUCAAAAUGUUCAUUAGUAUGUUUUCAAAAU